ACUUUCUUGCAAUACCAUCUACCAGUGUAGCAUCCGAACAAAUGUUUAGCUGUGCAGGGCAUAUUAACAAUGAUGUUCGUACUUCAUUAGACCCAGACACAGUAACAGCAUUAAUGUGUUAG